AGUUAUGCUGAACUUACGAUAAUUUUACAUUUUACACAUAGAUAUUAUGGAUAGCCUUCACUUGAGCGUCAUAGCUGUGCUCCUUUCCUGUAACCUUUCUGGAUCGAUGGAAACCAAGUCGCACCAGAUUCUUUCUGAUAUUUCUCAUCAUCAUUCAGAAUGUCGGCGGGAUGGGAAGUUCUUAGUGAAUUGUUCAUUUACUGGAAUAUCUGCUAUUCCAGAAGAUGUAUCACAAACAGUGAUAACAGCUGAUUUAAGUUACAACAACAUUAAAACAUUCCUGUGCACCAAUGGCAGAAAUGAAGAAUGGAUGCUGAAACACCUGAAUCUCAGUAACAACCUGAUUUCUGAACUCUCCUUUACUACUUUUAGAAAUUUAUCAGCCUUAGAAACUCUAAACCUCAAUGGUAAUGCUCUCUACACCCUCACACUGGAAAUACCUAGAGCUGCACACAUGUCUGAAGAGUAUAGAGAAGCCUAUCAUCUCUUGCCUGCUUUGAAAGUAUUAUCAGUUGAAAGAAACAAUCUUAAUACAAUUCCUAGAGGACUAGGAAUGCUGCAGUCUUUACAAACCGUUCAUUUGUCAUCCAAUGACAUAUUACAAAUUGAUCUGAAUGAUUUUCAAAACUGCUCACAACUGAAGAAUAUCUACUUACAAGACAACAAGGUCACUAAAAUUCAUCCAGACGCCUUCAAGGAUCUCCACAAAUUACAGGUUGUGGAUCUCCGUGGAAAUGCUCUGACCACCCUUCCACCACAGGUAUUAAUCAAUUCGAACAUAUUUCAACUUGGAGUGGAUUCAUCAACUAAUCCCUGGAUACGUAGCUGCAGACUAAAUGCUUUCAAACAUUUAAUUCAUAUUCUUUUUGACUCAAUGAGGAAAAAGUGGAAUAUUUCAUGCAAUAAAUUUGCUAACAAUUUACGGAAACCUCUCCUGCCUCUUUCAAGUUUCCAUUUACACUGCAGUGACAGUGUUUCAUUUAAAACAACUGUAAUCCCAAAAGGAAAGACAUCUGUGCUGAACUGUGACUUGGAUAACAAAAUAGGUAAUGAGGUCUCUUGGUGGACACCUACCGGCAGAAUUUCAAAAGAUAUUAGUCUUCCUCACAUGACACUGGAUAAAAUGAAUAAUUUAGUAAUACACAAUGCUGACAGAACUGUUGAAGGAUUUUAUAUGUGUACUUUUAAUACAAUAAGGAAGAAAUUUCUCAUCUACAAUAUAGAGGUAAAGGAAAAGCUUUCAACUUCUUUGGCUAGAAAAACCCGGGAUACUAAUACCGUUUUUAGACAAGGAAAAACUGAGCAAGACUUUGCAUUGGCUGUCUGCCUCUCCGUGUUCAUUACAUUUGUUUGUGCUUUUUGUCUGGGUGCUUUUGCCAGACCCUACCUUGUGACCUUGUGGAGACUCAUGCGCAGAAACAAGAAUUCAACUUCAGAACACAUUUAUUCUAAUCAAGCUUUUUCAAAUGAAACUCUGGGCAGAGAGUGUUCUGCAAGCAUACCUACAAAUACACAGAAUAAUUUGUCCAUCUGUAAUGAAAAUCCUUUUAAAAACACAUGUAUUUUUCCUACAGAAACUUCUAGGUUGUAUGAAAAUGUCAUUUAUAGUAAUGUAUGUGCACCAAAUACUGAGGAAAAGUACCAGAAGCAAAUCAGUAAUGAGAUCAAACCUAAGCAAGAAUCAGUGUUUUCAAAUAGCAAAGCAACUAAUAUCGCCGAGAUUUAUACAGAGGUUGAUCAGACUGGACAAUCUUCUGUAAGGAUGGACUGCAAAAACAGCAAUGAAAUAACUGGGAACAGUAAGAUAACUAACAAAUCUGAUCUGCUGCAGUCUGAGAUUACAGAGGCUACACCAGAUUCUCCUGAACGGAAAGACAUGAUCUCACAUAACGAAUCCCACAAACCCUUAAGAGCUACACUAUUUGUGCCCAGAACACAAAACUGUGAUGAAGAGCUUGGUGUAAACAGUAAAAUAAAUAAAAUCAGUGAUGCAGAUUUUAUUUUACCAAAUAGCUGCCAGAAAGAUAUAAAUAAUGAGAAUUUAAACACCUACUUAACAAAAGAAAAUUCUCUUACGGAAUACUAUAAACCAGAAGGUACUAAUGAAAAAGAUUAUUUAGCAGAUGUAUUUGGUGAUAGCUCUUCAGAUGAAGGGACUUCAUUUACAUUGAGCGACUGUAGUUCUUUAGCAGAUUUUGAACUGGGACAACCUAGCGACAAUCCCCAAGGCUGUCAAUCGUCACUAGAAAAAGCAGAUACAAACAAUGGAACUGGUAAGUUCUCAGCAGUGCCAGAGCCUCCAAGCCUUGAUGCUGAACUUCAGCAUACUGGAAAAGAUGAAAACAUGACCAAUGCCUAUUUUGAAACCACUGUUAAUUAUGCAUCAGAUACUACCAUGUCUGAAACAGAACUACCUUACACUAACACAUGUGGUGAUGAUCGUGUAACUGUGUCAGAUUCUGACACAACCACUUUUACAAGUCAAGAAGUUCCUGAAACGUUUAAGUGUUUUACCAAUACAGAGUCAACAAUUCAAAACUCUAUUUCCAACCCCCUCUGCAAGCAAAAUACAAAAUUUAAUGAUAAGAAGUUGGCUUCAUCAAAACAUUCUCCCACAUAUGCAUCACAUACAGAGAACACUCCUUCCAAAGAGGCAGACUUGCAGCUCUAUUAUUUUUCCACUCAACCCCAGCAUUUUCAGAGAUUCAGUCCCACUGAACAAAAAGAAAACGCAGAGAUCAGUGCAGAAGAGCACACAGAGAGGAGUUCCUCUGAAGAGAACAGCAGCGAAGGGGAUAUUACAUUAAGAAGAAACACAAAUACAUCUGCGUACAAUCACUUUACAUUUGCUCCCAUCGAUUUUAGUUUGAAUCAAAUCAUUGGAGAAACGUCACUACCGUGUUCCAACAUAGCCAUCAAUGAAUCAUCUCUUCAGUCUCGGCCUCAAAGCACAACUGAAAGAUGUGCAAUGGUUAUUUCUGAGAAAGACGACUCAUUACCACAGGGGAAGCAAGUAAAAAUGCCUAAGAUUUGUGCAGAGAAAAUGCAAAAAGGCUUUAAUAAAAGAGAAUUUGAUGAGGAUACAGAAACGCAAGAUAGCAUCAAUUGUAGCCUGCCCGAAGAAAUGCAGUCUUGCAAUGUUAGGGCAAAUUUGCAUCCUCUUAACUGUUCUGGGAAAACAGAGUCAGUCUUCAACAUAGAAGAUUAUUCCCAGCUGGAUCAGAUUGAAGAAAAUGCAUAUUGCUCACGACUCACACACAGCUUCUUUAAUGAAAGCACACAAUACAGUUUAUGGUCAUUCCCACAAAAGACUAUAGGAAAUACAAUCUCCAGAAAGACCAGUUCCAGCGAGACAGAGGAUUACACUACUUUGACAGAAUUGGAAAGUAAUUCUACAACAGCUGUCUAUCUCCAAAAUUCAGGUGAAAAACUUGAUCAAAAAAAUACAACCAAUUUAGCUCAGGGUCACUUUUUUGUUAAGAAGAAAAGAGCAUUUGAUGGAUUUGCUAAUGUUUUGCAAAGCAGGAGAACAAACUGCAAUAAAUGAGGUAUAAAAAUGUAAAACCACAACACUUGGGACUCCCACAGAGAUGAUGUCAUACAGG